AUGCGGCCGAUUUUAGACAUUAGCGGUGUGGAGGCCGACGAGAUUAAUUCUGGGAACUGCUCAUCUUUUCCCAUUCUUAUCUACACGUCGGCUCUUGCACUUUUGGCCAACACUAUCUACCAUAUAUCUUCAUUCCUCUUACUUAUUCACAAGCCAAGGCUACUGAAGACAUUACCGGGUCCGAAACGUUUCAUCUCCCGCAUCUGGCACGCUCAAGCCAUUGCAGGAAUCGCUACGAGCAAUGAGUUCAAGGAGCAGUGGGACCCGAUCCUGAUCGCUAGCCUUCUCACCGUCGCGCCAGAGAUGACCCACAAAUCGCAGCAAUCAAUCCUGCUCAAUCUACUGGGUAGUAUUACUACGGUAACUGGAAUUAAACUAGAUUCUGAGAUUGAUGAUCUGCGAUGCGGCUGGAACAUUUCACAGUACGACGAAGAAGCGGUAGAUUGA